GACUAAAAAAGGAUUUAAUUCUAGCCCAGCGCAAACCGGCGAGGUUGUGCGUGCGAGGUCCAUUCAUCAUGGGUCGGGGAGAAUCGGGAUAUUGAUUGCAGUAUAUAUAAAUAUGUAUAUAUAUUUUUAAAGCUGUUGAUAUUUUCCCGGAGGCUGUGCUGGGUCAGACUGGUCUCCAGCAACCGACUCACUGGUCCCAGUUUGCCUGUCAACCUGCUGACUCGUCGCGCCAGGGUCCAGUGACACCUUCACUUGGAAGCGAGUUCGGAUGUGGCAGGCAAACUGCAGACGGAUGCAUAAUUUUGCAGAGUGGAUUUCUGGGGCAGUGAUGGGAGGCUGUGUGGGGAGGAGCAGGACGGAUGGACAAGGGAGUGCCCGGAGCUCGACCAGGAGCAAGAAACGUGGAGGACGUAACGAGCCCCUGAAGAAGGAGCGUCCAAAAUGGAAGAGUGAAUACCCUAUGACGGAGGGCCAGCUGAGGAGUAAGAGGGAUGAGUUCUGGGAUACGGCUCCGGCCUUUGACGGACGGAAAGAGAUCUGGGACGCACUCAGAGCAGCAGCCCUGGCUGCCGAAUGCAAUGACCUGGAGCUAGCACAGGCCAUAGUGGAUGGAGCCUGCAUUACUCUGCCACAUGGCUCUCUGACAGAGAGUUAUGACGAACUGGGAAACCGCUACCAGCUCCCAGCGUACACUUUAACCCCGCCGGUCAACCUCAUCUCUGAAACCUGCAGCGAGAGCAAAGUCUCUGAAUCUACACAAAAGCAAGCUCAACCCCCUCCAUGCAGACAAGAGUUUCAGCUGCGGGUGCGAUUGUCAACAGGAAAGGACGUGCGUCUGACAGCCAGCAUGGCGGACUCCAUCGCUGAGCUGAAGAAACAGUUAGAGGAGCAGGAAGAAAUUGUCAUGAACCGCCAGAGGUGGUUCUUUUCUGGGAAGCUCCUGACGGACAAGACUCGACUGCAAGAUGCCAAGAUCCAGAGGGACUUUGUCGUCCAAGUGAUUGUGAAUGUGAACCCCUCAGUCAUAUCUAACUGAGGAGUGAGACGGAGGCCUGUGAAGUGACGACAGGUUAAAGGACAGAAGGCUGCAGGGAUAUAGGAGUAGGGCUUGGAAUCACCUUCCAGUUGGUGCCACAGUGGAAUUUUGUGUACAUUUUUAUAUAAGAAAUUAUUGCUUUUUAUAUUGCUCCUUUUUGUAUUUUCCUUAUUUUCCAAAUGAAGUAAGAAUAUUGAAAAGCACUGAAACACUUUAGAUUAAAAGUAGAGUCCUAAGAUGCACAUCCAAAUUUCUGUGUGUCUGUCUGUGUGUCUGUCUGUCUGUGUGUCUGUGUGUUUGUGUGGACAUCAACUCACAGCUUUGUUGUUUACAUUGACUCCCCUCUUUGUCACGUGUGUGUUUGUACUUGUGUUUAUUUAUAAACUAAAUAUGGUUCACCUUGGGGAUUCAAAUAAGGAAAAUCCAUUGUCCCAUUUGUUUUUUUUGUUUUUAAGAUUUCUGUCAUGCGAUUUGAGAGGUAGGCUAAGGAUGGCAGAAAACUCUUGAGAAAAAAGGAAAAUGUAAAUAUCGGUUUCCACAUGUUGCUGUUUGUUCAUGCGACUAUAUGCACACUACAGUUUCCAUUCACAAUUGUUUAUUGAUAAUGAAGUCAUAGAAUGUAAUGAAGGAACCUUUUUGAAAGGUAAUCAGUUUUUGUUUUUCAUUUCUCCACUCCAAACAAGAUACUGUAGUUUUGUGUACAACAUGAUGCUCCACUGUACUUCAAUAACUUAUCAAUAAAUAUUACAAAGUGUAA